AAAUGGCCGUGUCCCGAAGAUCAUCACAACAGCAGCAAACGGCAUUGCAGUCUCCGCCGCGCAAUGCUGUUAUUUCUACCCCUCCGGAUUCUCCCUUAACCGUUGUUGGAUCAUCUAGUUUGGUUUCGACAGACGGCAGUCAAGAAUGCAGCAGCAGUAUGGAGCCAACGCCAGACUCCCCUGAAAUGCCCACCGCCUCGACGGCCCUCGCUAGUCCCCUCUGCAGUAGUAGCAGUUCCCACACAAACAUCGGCGCGGCCAGCAGUUGCAGCACAAGCCCGAGCCCAGGCUCGGGAGCUACCAGCCCGGGGGAGGGCAUCUGCGCUACCGGUGGGGCUUUCCGCGAACUCUUUGAGGCCUGUCGCAAUGGGGAUGUCUCGCGUGUUAAGAGACUUGUGGACUCUGUGAAUGUGAAUGCCAAGGACAUGGCUGGGAGGAAAUCUACGCCGUUGCAUUUCGCUGCAGGCUUUGGCAGAAAGGACGUGGUAGAACACCUCUUGCAGACUGGUGCCAACGUUCAUUCCCGUGACGAUGGUGGUCUGAUCCCGCUUCACAAUGCCUGCUCUUUCGGUCAUGCUGAAGUCGUCAGCCUGCUCUUGUGCCAAGGCGCAGAUCCAAAUGCCCGAGACAACUGGAACUACACCCCCUUGCAUGAAGCAGCCAUCAAGGGCAAGAUAGAUGUGUGCAUUGUGCUCCUUCAGCAUGGGGCCGAUCCCAACAUCCGCAACACGGACGGGAAGUCAGCCCUGGACCUGGCCGACCCCUCUGCCAAGGCCGUCCUCACUGGGGAAUACAAGAAGGACGAGCUUUUAGAGGCUGCAAGGAGUGGAAAUGAAGAGAAGCUGAUGGCUCUACUUACUCCUCUAAAUGUCAACUGCCAUGCCAGCGACGGGCGCAAGUCAACUUCACAAAAAAUGCUGUCCACUCCACUGCAUCUGGCGGCUGGCUAUAACCGAGUGCGGAUCGUCCAGCUGCUGCUGCAGUAUGGAGCUGACGUCCACGCCAAGGAUAAAGGUGGCCUGGUUCCCCUUCACAAUGCCUGCUCAUACGGACACUACGAGGUCACAGACCUCCUCCUCAAGCAUGGCGCGUGUGUGAAUGCCAUGGACUUGUGGCAGUUCACCCCUCUGCACGAGGCUGCGUCUAAGAACCGCGUGGAGGUCUGCUCUCUACUGUUGAGCCACGGGGCCGACCCCACUCUAGCCAACUGCCACAGCAAGAGCGCAGUGGACAUGGCACCCACCGCAGAACUCAAGGAGAGACUCACCUAUGAGUUCAAAGGUCACUCGCUGCUCCAGGCGGCACGAGAGGCGGACGUGGCGAAGGUCAAGAAGACCCUGGUGCUGGAGAUCAUCAGCUUCAAACACCCGCAGACGCACGAGACCGCACUGCACUGCGCUGUGGCGUCCCCUCACCCCAAACGCAAGCAGGUGACAGAGCUGCUCCUGCGCAAAGGUGCCAACGUCAACGAGAAGAACAAGGAUUUCAUGACUCCGUUCCACGUGGCAGCAGAGCGGGCCCAUAACGAUGUGCUGGAGGUCCUUCAGAAGCACGGUGCCAAGGUGAAUGCUCUGGACACUCUGGGCCAGACGGCGCUCCACCGUGCCUCACUGGCGGGCCACCUCCAGACAUGCCGCCUGUUGCUAAGCUACGGGGCCGAUGCCGCCAUCGUCUCUCUGCAGGGCUUCACCGCCGCACAGAUGGGCAACGAGGCCGUGCAGCAGAUACUCAAUGAAAACAUUCCCACGCGUAACUCUGACGUUGACUACCGGUUCCUGGAGGCAGCCAAAGCCGGAGAUUUGGACACUGUCAAACAACUCUGCUCCCCCCAGAAUGUGAACUGUCGUGACCUGGAGGGUCGUCACUCUACUCCGCUGCACUUUGCCGCCGGGUAUAACAGAGUAGCCGUGGUGGAAUACCUGCUGCACCACGGGGCCGAUGUACACGCCAAGGACAAGGGUGGUCUGGUGCCGCUGCAUAACGCCUGCUCAUACGGCCACUAUGAGGUAGCAGAGCUGCUGGUGCGCCACGGGGCCUCGGUUAACGUGGCCGACCUCUGGAAGUUCACGCCACUACACGAGGCUGCUGCCAAGGGCAAAUACGAGAUCUGCAAACUACUACUCAAGCAUGGAGCGGACCCGACUAAGAAGAACCGCGACGGCAACAUGCCGCUGGACAUGGUGAAGGACGGUGACACGGACAUCCAGGACCUGCUGCGUGGGGACGCGGCACUGCUGGACGCCGCCAAGAAGGGCUGCCUCGCACGCGUGCAGAAGCUCUGCAGUCCAGAGAACAUCAACUGCCGCGACACGCAGGGACGCAACUCCACACCCCUGCACUUGGCUGCUGGCUACAACAACCUGGAGGUGGCCGAGUAUCUCCUGGAGCACGGAGCUGAUGUCAACGCCCAGGACAAGGGAGGCCUCAUCCCACUGCACAACGCUGCCUCCUACGGGCACGUGGAUAUAGCUGCCCUACUGAUCAAGUACAACACGUGUGUGAACGCGACUGAUAAGUGGGCCUUCACCCCGCUGCAUGAGGCGGCUCAGAAGGGCCGCACCCAGCUGUGUGCCCUGCUGCUGGCCCACGGAGCCGACCCCACCAUGAAGAACCAGGAGGGACAGACCGCUCUGGAUUUAGCUACGGCUGAUGACAUCAGAGCGCUGCUGAUUGACGCCAUGCCUCCAGACGCGCUGCCCAGCUGCUUCAAGCCCACGGCGACGGUGGUGAGCGCGUCAGCAUCCCUCAUCUCCACGGCGGCGGUGGUGAGCGCGUCCGCCUCGGCCUCGCUCAUCUCGCCGGCCUCCACGCCCUCCUGCCUCUCCGCAGCCAGCAGCAUCGACAACCUCGCCGGGCCCCUCAACGAGCUGGCGGGCGCCGGGGCCUCCGGGCCCGCAGACGGGGCCAGCGGAACCGACCGCAAGGAGGGAGAGGCUGCUAUGCUGGACAUGAACAUCAGCCAGUUCCUGAAGAGUCUGGGGCUGGAGCAGCUGAGAGACAUCUUUGAGAGGGAGCAGAUCACCCUGGACGUGUUGGCCGACAUGGGCCACGAGGAGCUGAAGGAGAUUGGCAUCAACGCCUACGGGCACCGCCACAAGCUCAUCAAGGGCAUCGAGAGACUGCUGGGCGGGCAGCAAGGUGCCAACCCCUACCUGACGUUCCACUGCACCAACCAAGGCACGGUGCUCAUUGACCUGGCCGUGGACGACAAGGAGUUCCAGUCAGUGGAGGAAGAGAUGCAGAGUACCAUUCGAGAGCACCGCGAUGGCGGGAAUGCCGGAGGGGUGUUCAGCAGAUAUAACAUCAUCAAGAUUCAGAAGGUGGUCAACAAGAAGCUGAGGGAGCGUUACACCCACAGACAGAAGGAGAUUGCAGACGAGAACCACAACCACCACAACGAACGCAUGCUAUUCCAUGGAUCUCCCUUCAUCAACGCCAUCAUCCAUAAAGGGUUUGACGAGCGGCACGCAUACAUCGGGGGCAUGUUUGGCGCGGGCAUCUACUUUGCGGAGAACUCCUCCAAGAGCAACCAAUACGUCUACGGCAUUGGGGGCGGCACCGGAUGCCCCACCCACAAGGACCGCUCCUGCUACUUGUGCCACAGGCAGAUGCUGUUCUGCCGGGUGACUCUGGGGAAGUCCUUCCUGCAGUUCAGUGCCAUGAAGAUGGCCCACGCCCCCCCGGGGCACCACUCUGUUAUCGGGCGGCCCAGCGUCAACGGCCUGGCUUACGCCGAGUACGUCAUCUACCGCGGCGAACAGGCGUACCCCGAGUACCUGAUCACCUACCAGAUCCUGAAGCCAGAGAGCACCCCUCAGCAGGCCGCCGGCGCAGAGCAGAAGUCCUAGUCUCACGCGCCACAGAACAGCACACUACAGUAUAGUACAGUAACGGCUACAGCACAGUACUGUACAGCAACCAACCAUGUCAGUCAGUCCAGUCUGUCUCGUGUAUUAUAGUAAAGCAACCAAGCCACCAAGUCAGUCUCCCGCUUCACUGUACAGUAAGUCAGUCUCCCUCAUGUAUUGCCGUACGGCACAGAAACAGUCAGUCAGUCUUGUAGUACAGUACAGCAACCAAGCCUCAUGUGCCACAAGACAGCACAACAACCAACCAAGUCAGACAGUGUCAUGUAUUAUAGUACCGUGCAGCAACCAACCAACCAGGUCUGUCAGUCUCAUGCUUCAAAAUACAAUACAGUACAGCAACCAACCAACCAAGUCAGUCAAGCAAGCUAGUCAGUCAGUCGGUCAGCCAUUCAUACGAUCUUGUGUGCUGUCCAGUACAGGGCAGCAACCAACCAAGUCGGUCAGUCUAAUGCUACAGAGUACAGUACAGUACAGUACAGUAUAGUACACCAACCAACCAAGUCAGUCAGUCUUGUGGAUUAAAGCAUCAUACAGCAGACAACCAGGUUAGUCAGUCUCAUGCUUCACAGUACAGUACAGAAUCCAACCAAGUCAGUUUAGCAAGCUAGUCAGUCAGUCAGCCAGCCAGCCAGCCAUUCAUACGGUCUCGUUUGUUGCACAAUUAAGUAUGUGUCCUUCACACUACUCGCUAUGUGCCCUUGAGACACACACACACACACACACACACACACACACACACACACACACACACACACACACACACACACACACACACACACACACACACACACACACACACACACACUAUUGACCUUGACCCUUGUCUUACUCAUGGAAUUCCCCCAUGUAAAUGCGUUAAGAAUUUGCACUUUUGAACAACCAUUAUUUAAGUCAUUUGAAAAAGUUAAUUGCUGACAUUUAUUGUACAUUUCGUGUAAAGUGUAAAAUGUCCUGUGUUUAUCAUUUAUCAUUUGUUUUGAAUUGUAUUUUAAAAAGAUCUAUUCGGUUCUAUUAAUUUCUCUGAUUUUUUUUUUCUUUCGUCUUUGUUUUUGAAUAAAUUGUGGGACGAUCACAUGACAUCAUA